AAAUGUGCCUCUUUGGUUCCAAAGUCGCUCUGUAACUUAAGAGAGAGUGACUGUUCCGUUGACAGAGCAAAAUGGCCCAAACCUAUUGAAAACCCCAAAACCCUUAGUUUGGAAUCUCAUCUCAUUUUGCUUCUGUUCUUUUCCAUGUAAUUUCAACAAAGUUUGAAACUUUGUUUCUAUAGCAACUCAAUUACAUGGAAAUUCUUAAAAGUCUACUCUUUAAGUCGCCCUCUUGGCUGAAACUCUUAGCUUCUUGUUAUAAAACCUGAAGUUCGAAAUCAUUCCAAUACCACAAAUAACUCAACUUUCUUCAAGCAUGGACAAUGAAGAUCAGGAGUCCCUUUUACUUCAAGGGGUUCCAGAUAAUUAUGGAGGUGUUAAGGUGAACUUGACAGAACCAAUGACUAUUGAGGAUUUUGUCCCAAAGCUGAGAGCUUCACUUGUGUAUUGGAGCAAUCAGGGGACGAAGGGGAUAUGGUUAAAGCUUGCCGAUGGGCUUGACAAUCUUAUUGCACCUGCAAAAGCAGAAGGGUUUGUGUGCCACCAUGCCGAGAGGGAAUACACCAUGCUUACAUCUUGGAUCGCUGAUGUUCCUAGUACUCUUCCUGCCAAUGCGUCUCAUCGUAUUGGAGUUGGUGCCUUUGUCCUAAACAAGAAGACCAAAGAGGUGCUUGUGGUCCAGGAGAUUGAUGGUCAUUUCAAAGGUACAGGAGUGUGGAAACUGCCUACCGGUGUUGUUAAAGAGGGUGAGAAUAUUUGGGAAGGAGCACUUAGGGAAGUGGAAGAAGAAACUGGUAUUAAGACAAAAUUUGUAGAAGUCCUGGCUUUCAGGGAAAGCCACCAAGCAUUCUUGGAAAUAAAAACGGAUAUAUUUUUCCUCUGUGAGUUAGAACCAACCACUUUUGAAAUCAAGAAACAAGACUCUGAGAUCUUAGCUGCUAAGUGGAUGCCAAUUGAAGAAUACGUAAACCAACCCUGGAACCAGAAGAAAGAACUGUUUAGGUUCAUGGCGAACAUCUGCUUGAAGAGAUUGCAGGAGAUGGAAUACAUGGGUUUCUCCAAAGUCCUUACUACGACUUCAUCUGGGAAAGAGAGCUAUCUUUACUGCAACACCGAUCACGCCAACCUCCUCAACGCAACGCGUGGCCUAGCCUCCACCUCUGGUUGAAAAACCCUUCUUCAGAACGUGUUUAUGUUUCGUUGUUUCAUGUCCAUUGUUCAAUAAAAGCACCAGUCUCGUGUGUACAACGAUUGGAGACUUCUUUAUGUAAUUUACCAUCAUUUCCUCACUACAACUUCAUAUAUAAUAUAUUUCUUUGGCUACCAAAAAGAGGUAUCCUUUUUAUUCUAGUUUCAAUAAGAGUGUGAACCCAUAGAUGCUGAG